CAACUACUACUACAACAACAACAUUUCAAAAGUAUCUACGGAAUUUCAGUCAUGCACAUUUGGGCAAAUGUUUGGAUUAUUAUGACGUUAUUUCUUUAUACUUAAUUAAAUGGCCUUCUGCAAUUAAACAAGUUUCAAGCAGUUUGACUGCAACUUUUGCAGCAACAAAAUGCAGUAGCAACAUAUCGUUUACCAAAGACCGUCAACAUUUCAUACAAAAGCCUGUCAACAAUAUCAUUGUAAGUGGUAAACAUGUUGGAUAUAAUGAAAGAAACAUUAUCAACAGCAACAAUGUUGCCAGUGUCGCUCGCAACAACUGAUAAUGUUAGCAAGAAAUGUGAAGAAAUAAAACAAAAUUCGAAUACGCAAAUAAAUUUAUCACCAAAUAAAACAAAAACAAUUUUCAGUUGGUUAAAAAAUGCAACAUCACCAACAACAAAAACCCACUGUGACAAUAUAGAAACAAUACCAGAAAAUAAAAAUAUUGUGACAGUUGACUGUACGUGCAAAAUAGUUACCGAGCGUAUCGAUAAAGUUGCACGGGCAAAGUCACCGGACGCGGCCUUACGCGAGUUUCGUGGUGUGCAAAGUUUACGACAUUUGUGGAACAAACGGAUCAGUAGUGCAAAUACCGAAAACGCGCGUUCCAAGUCCAACAACAAUAAAGCCAACAAAUUAACAAAGUCCAUUAGUUGCCUAGUCAAUGCCGCCAAUUCCAUUGAUGCACCUGACAAAAGCGAAGAAUUGACAAAACGCCGUUCGUGGUUGUCAAAGCGUACACAAAGCCUGCACGACUGUACCCAAUUACCGUAUGAAGACGAAACGAGGGAACCAUUAGAAAACAAAAUAGAUUUCCUGCACCGAGAGAAGGAUAAUUUUUAUAAAUACAAAACAGCUGAACAGGCAAGUAAACAUCUCGUACGCUCUGCACCAAAAACCAAACGUGUCAGCGCUGGCAUUGUGACCAGUACUACCACUAACGACGAUGCGCACUUCCCAGCUAUAAAAAGUAGUGAAAAAGGUGAACACAUACAUUGGCUCAAGCGUCAGGAUAUUAUCAUAAAGCGUAGGUGUAGCAUAGAAGGUAAAGUGAAUGAGUCAACUUGCCAAACAUUGAGGUCCAAAAAUAACGACGAAAAUAUGGCCAUAAAUGAUAAAACAGUUAAAAAUAAAGCGUCAUCUUCACUCUCCAAUGACAACAAUGUGCUUAUCAGUUGUGGUGGGAACGUGAGCACAAAGCAAACCUUAGCAUCUGCUGAUAGUCAAAGCGAAUUGAGUGUCUCUUCAGAUACUGCGGAAACGUUAACCGCCGCCAACUCUCCAAAAAAUGUCGCUAGUCAGAAACGCAACGCGGUGCGCGAAACAUUGUCCACGCCAAGUUCGUCGAGUUCUAAACGCGGUAGCACUGAUUCUCUUGGCUCUAGUAGCACGACGAUACGUAGCGCACGCCGAACGAACUCCUCCGCUGCACGUAAAUGUAGUUUCAAAACGAAUACGCGUUCGUUUCAUUCGUUGCGUAAAAUGAACAGCAAUAAAGACAGCGCGUCCGCAUCAACGGGCACCGGCACUACUGCGUUCAGUAUGGUGGCUAAGUUAACACAACAGUUCAACGAAAUUAUACAGAAAGAUAAGAAAAUACUUGAAGAGGUGAAACGUAAGAACGGUGUGCUAAUGUCACGCGGCGGUCAUGUUUAUAAAGUCAUCGAGAAAACCGAAUUUGAUAAAACAAACGCUCAUGCCAACAGUUUGAGUCGUAAUGGCUCGCGUGCAAAAGACGCAUCAACGGUGCAGCGUAACAUCAAGAAAUUCGAGAAUGGCGUUGCCACAGUUGGGGAAAAACCAAAGGUACCCGCCAAAAGCCUACAAGUAUUGCGAAAACGAAAUGAAAUGGCAGUGCAAAGGAAUCACAAAACUGGGUUGGGUACUGCAAAUGUGAAGCGUGCAAGCUUAACACUAAAUCCAGCACAAACCCAACUGGAGUCUCAAAGCAAGUUGGCAGUGGUUACUGAAGAGACAAAAACACCAUUGGAAAAUGAGGAAAAAUUAAUGCCCACCGAUUCACGUGUAUCGCCGGACAAAAGUGGAGUUCUAUUGCGGGUACAAGAAACUGCAAGUGUAAAUACUAAAACAAAUUUGUCUGAAAAGAAAGAAAACAUAACAAAACCAACAACUGCUGUGAAUGCCGUCACAACGUCCGUCACAAACAAAGUCGUCCCUGAUGUCGACAAAAAUGUUGAUGCCGCAACGUGUGAAUUGAUAGCAGUUGCAAAGGAGCUGAGCAAGGUGCAUGCAACAGGCGUUGUUACACAAGCUCAAUUACAACCGAUUGAAACACAAGUUAGUAAAAUUAAUGAGAUAAAUUCACCCACCAAAGAAACGGAACCCAAAACUGCUAUCUCAAGUCAAGCAGCCAGUAACGAGAAUUUAGCCGCAAGCGGUGAUGAUCUCGACGGCUUAUACGAUGAAAAAUCCAAGCAACGCAAACACAAAUAUGCAAACAUUUAUGAAAAAUUCCGUUUUCGUUCGCCGUUUCGCGGACAAAAUAAGAAGACAACACCGAACAGUUCACCAGAAAAGCUUCAGGAGUGCAAUAGUGAGGAAAUACCAAAUUUGCAAUCUGAACCUGCGGCUAAAAUUUUAGAUGCGUUGGAGGUCAUUGAUCGAAAACUGAAAGAUCUCACAGUUGAAGUUGAGCCCACAAACAUUGUGCUGAAUAUGAACGAUGACUUCGAACAGCGCGUUUUGCCAAACAGUUCCUUCAUUUAUCAACUGAACAACAAACAAGUUGCCAACAACGAGUUGCUAGUGACGCAAGCGGUCAACGUUGCGUUGGUCAAUAGCAUCGAAGGUGAGCAAAUGAUUAUGGAACAAAAGGAACUACAAAAUACAAUGCUGAUUAAGCAGCAACAAGGAGAGAGCACGGAAGUAGUUGUGGAGAAAGCAUCAACUUCUGAUACAUUGGAAGAGGAUAUGUAUGAACCAAUUGCUGAAGCUGAUGCAAUAACAGAAACAAAGACUGAAGCUCUUAGCCCACAGCCAUCCUCUCUAUACAAACUUUGCACUGCCAACAAAAUUACAGAGGUUGUGAACCCAACAAAUCAAAUUGUGGAAUGUGUGGAAGAUAUUUAUCAAACUGUUGAGGAAGCGCUAUUAAUUGACAACAAGACUGCUAUAACUGCUAUAACUGCACCUGCUGCAGUGAUUACAACAACAACAAUGAAAGUAUCAGUAGAUAUUUUAAAUGAUUACGAAUCCAUUGCAGGUUCACGUGAGCAAACAACAAAUAUUAUAGAAACAUUGUUGGAUGAUGAUUAUGAAAUAUGUGAGCCACCACCAGAUGAACCGGUAGUAACACAGUUGACCACACAACUCAGUACAGGCACUUUGAUGCGUAAUACCAACGACGAACUACCAGAACUGCCAAAACCGAAACGUCGCUUACCAAAAUCUCCUAUGCCAGGCAAGCGACCACCCAAACCCACAGCGCACUUAACAACUAAUUUACACUGCAGCAAUCCUGAAACGAACACUCAAGCACUUCCAGCCAAACAGUUUUCGGAUACACUGCUACAUCAAGACGAUGACGACGAGCAUCAUUAUUAUGCGGAUGAUGAAAAUAUCUAUGAUACCAUUAAAGGCUCACAUUGCUAUGAGUCUCUGCACUCCGAAAUCUUGAAAUAUCAACAUAAAACCAAACAAAAUUCCAUAGAUUCGGUUUCUUUAAUAUCAAAUGGCUAUGAGAGCAUCACGCAAUAUCGACGUGCAGUGGUGCAUAAUGGUAGUCCCAGUAGCGGAAGUGGUUCCACAUUAACUUUGUCCUCCGAUCAUAAAACGAACAGUUUGUAUGAGUCCACAAUGACCACCAGUAUGCUCUAUGGCGUAGGGAGCAUGGGUUGUGGUGCACGUUUGUCGAGUGGUAGCAGCAAUGCUGGCGGCAGUGCUGGAGCCACAAGUGCUGGUACUAGCAGCGCUUGUAAUAGUUACACCCGCUCCAAUACUGCUUGUAGUGAUAAUAGCGAUGAAUUGAAUUGGAUCGAUAUAUCCGAUGCAGAGGCAGAAGACGAGCAGAGAAAUAUAACAAAACAGCAAUUUGUUGUUGUACGCGAACGUUUAAAAGUACAUCGUAGUCCAGAUUGGUCGAAACGUGUCAGAGAUAAGCGAUUGCAACAGAAAAAGGCGAUGAGCUGCAUUGAAGAUAAAUCUAAAACAAAAUUCUUUAAAUAA